AUGGAUUAUUUUAUUUUAAGCUCCCCUCCAAAAAUAAUUUUUGAGUUUCUACAAGCUGUCAUCAGGCUAUUUUUAAAGAUUCAUGGGGAGACAAUUCGAAAACAUUUACACUUGCAAGAAAAAGCAACAAAAUGGGCCCCACAAUUCAGAGCAUGGUAUGGAAGAGGAGUAGAUAAGUUGUUUCAAAGUACGAGGUAUAUAAUUGCUUUUCUCAGUAAUUCCCAAAUUCAUGUUUGA